UAAACAAUUCUCUAAUUGGGCGUCAAAAUCUGAAUCUUGUUCCUGCCUGGGAAAACAACGAUUCUAUCAUAUGAAUCAGCGCUGUUUGGGGUUAUCUCCUACUCCUACACCCUGAAUUGAAGCCCGCCUUUGUUUUCCUCCAAUUCACUUCUUCGCUAGCUCCUGCUUCCACAUUCCCUUUCCCGGAUUCGAACUAUAAUGGCUUGUGGGAGUAAGAGCGGGAAAAGUGAGAUCAGUGAAGGAGGUGCAAAUGAUUCAGUGGCUGUGGGAGAUGUGAUAUUUGUCAAGCUUCGCGGUAGCUCAUGGUGGCCUGUACAGGUUGUUGAUGAAAAUAGUGUUAAUAAGAGUGUUAAACCGAGCAAACGGACCAAACGAUUGCCGGGAGACAUCCUUGUUAGGCAUUAUGGAAGCUAUACAUACUCAUAUGCUGAUCCUAUUAAAUGUCGUGAUGAGUUUAAGAGGAUACUUGAGCGUAAUGAUGGUUCUCUCAAGAAAGUACUUCUACAGACUCUUGAACAGGAUCUUCCUAGCACAAAAUCCCGUAGAUCAAAGGGGUCAUCAUCGAAGCCUAAAGGAACAUCAAGCAAAGAUGCUGCAGGCAAGAGAAAAUCCAAUUGGGAAGAUAAGGAGCAGAAUAAAAACAAGCAAAAAGAGACAUUGAAUGUCGAUGAUCCGGCUUGCCAAAGUUGGGAAACAAGUUCGUUAGGAAAGUCGCCAGAGUUGAGUUCUAGGAGGAUAAGAGUGAUGGAAAACCUUGGCCUCGUUGCCCCAGCUGGGUCACCAUUCGAAAAGAAAGAUGCACAUAAGUAUAAAAAAGCCUCGUGAUUAUGGGGAUGAAGGAAUUGAUGUAGACAAGAGCAUGCGUAAAUACAUUCUCUUUUAACAUCACAUGUUCGUUUAGUCAUUACUGAGAAAUGUUUAACACUUAGUUGUAGUUUAGGAUCAUCUUAUUUGGUCAAUCGCCCCGUGAUCAUGCAUGCAAACUUUGGGCAAAAAUUGUGUUCGGUGAGCUGGUCUGAUUUUUUUGGGGUGAAAGAAUGUUGUGGAAAUGAUUCUUGCAUCCACUUUUUACUGCCCUUUUAGAUCCUU